AUGAACGGUUCGGCUGCUGUAAGUAGUUCAGGGACCGGAAGCAGCUCAGAGAGACACCAUCGUCAUCAUCACCAUAGGCAUCAUCAUCAUGGUCAAGGAAAUGGUCAUUCUCAACAAAAUUUGUUGGCAGAUGGUUCUCACAUCGGUAACUAUCAGAUAGUCAAGACUCUAGGUGAAGGAUCUUUUGGUAAAGUCAAGCUGGCGUAUCACAUUACUACUGGCCAAAAAGUGGCUCUGAAGAUAAUAAACAAGAAGGUACUGGCCAAGAGUGAUAUGCAGGGACGUAUUGAAAGGGAAAUUUCGUAUCUUAGACUGCUGAGGCAUCCUCAUAUCAUUAAACUUUACGAUGUGAUUAAAUCUAAGGACGAAAUCAUUAUGGUUAUUGAGUACGCGGGCAACGAGUUGUUCGACUACAUUGUACAAAGGGAUAAAAUGAGUGAGGAAGAAGCUCGCAGGUUCUUCCAACAGAUUAUCAGUGCUGUGGAGUACUGCCACAGACACAAGAUUGUUCACAGAGAUUUGAAGCCCGAGAACUUGCUUUUGGAUGAACAUUUGAAUGUUAAGAUCGCGGAUUUUGGUCUUUCGAACAUUAUGACGGACGGAAAUUUCCUGAAGACAUCGUGUGGUUCACCUAAUUAUGCCGCACCGGAAGUGAUCAGUGGGAAACUGUAUGCUGGACCAGAAGUGGACGUUUGGUCAUCAGGUGUAAUUCUUUAUGUGAUGCUUUGUCGUAGACUACCAUUUGACGAUGAGAGUAUACCGGUUUUGUUCAAAAAUAUUAGCAAUGGUGUUUACACUCUACCAAAGUUUUUAUCCGAAGGAGCGGCUGGUUUGAUUAAGCGUAUGCUUAUCGUGAAUCCGUUGAACAGAAUUAGCAUUUUAGAGAUAAUGCAGGACGACUGGUUUAAAGUAGGUUUACCAACUUAUUUGAUUCCACCAGAAUUAAAGCAGCAAGAGCAGGAACAACAGCAGCAGCAGGAACAACACGAUGACGGUACAAAGAACAAUAGUGAAGAAAUUGACGAUGAAUUGGUUACUGCACUUUCCAAGACUAUGGGCUACGAUAGGGAUGAAAUUUAUGAGUCUUUAGAGAGUCGUGAUAGAACCUCGGUUUUAAAUGAAAUUAGAGAGGCUUACAUGUUAAUCAAGGAGAAUAAAUCGUUGAUCAAAGAUUUGAAGUCUGACAGAGAUCGGAGCGAUGAGUUGGAUACAUUUUUGGCGCAAUCACCACCAACCUUCCAACAACGAGGUGAUCAAAAUUUACCACCGGUCCCCCCACUACAACUGCAGAGUUCUCCGCAACAGCAUCAGCCAAAUGUAUCUAGAAAAAUUGCAACCCAGCAGAGGGCUUACAAUGUAGCACCAUUCAACGAUACAAAUAAUGAAGAAGAUUCAACAAUUUCCAUCCUGCCCACGUCUCUUCCUCAAAUUCACCGAGCUAAUAUGUUAGCUCAAGGUUUACCGGCAGCAUCAAAAAUUUCACCAUUGGUAAACAAAAAAUCAAAGACGAGGUGGCAUUUCGGUAUCAGAUCGAGAUCUUAUCCAUUAGAUGUCAUGGGCGAAAUAUACAUAGCCUUAAAGAAUUUAGGUGCUCAGUGGGCAAAACCUUCGGAAGAAGAUCUUUGGACUAUUAGGGUUCGUUGGAAAUACGAUGUGGGACAAAACCAUAAUGAGCGCAUUCCAGAUCUAAUGAAAAUGGUUAUUCAACUGUUUCAAAUCGAAACUAAUAACUAUUUGGUAGAUUUUAAAUUCGAUGGUUGGGAGAGUAGUAGUGGUGAAGUAGCCCAUAAUCCAAAUUUAUCCGAGGAUGAAAUGAGUACUUUCUCAGCAUACCCAUUCUUACAUCUUACUACAAGACUCAUCAUGGAAUUAGCAGUCAACAGUCAAGGUGGAUGA